AUAGUAUGAAUAUUCCCAGAGGUAGGAUCGCACAACAUCACCGUGUUUCCUCUGAUAGCCAAAUGGAAGAACACCCUUCUUGGCUGAACGAGCUUAUCAACGAGUCAGAAACACCUGUACAAAGAAAUGUUCAUCGCCGUUCAUCAAGCGAUUCAUUUGUUUAUACUGAUUUAAACUACGGUUCUUGUAACAACAUGGUUUCAGUUUGUUCUUGGGGAUCACAAGAUUUUGGUCCCUACAACAAUGCAAUUAUGCAGGAUCCUUUUGAUAAAAGAAUGAACUGCACAUGGGAUUCAAUUUGUAAUCCAAUGCCAAUUAAAAACAACACUGAUGUUCAUGAUUCAUUCUUCAAUCUCCAAGAAGGAGAUGGGGUGUCAUUUACUGCCAUUGAGGAUACAGAUGAAAAUGGUCAUAAUGAUAUGAAGGAUUAUUCACUUCCAAUAUCAUCAUCUGAAACAGAUAUGAAACGUACUAAACAACAGUUUGCUCAACGUUCAAGGGUGCGUAAACUUAGGUACAUUGCUGAACUGGAGAGGAGUGUGCAUGUUUUACAGAUUCAAGGGUGUGGAAUUUGCGCAGAACUUGAAUUUCUCAGCCAUCAGAAUCUUAUUCUGAACAUGGAGAACAAAGCUUUGAAACAAAGACUAGAAAACAUAUCUCAAGAACAUGUCAUUAAAUGCUUGGAACAUGAAGUAUUGGAAAGAGAGAUUAGAAGGCUUCAAUCCUUGUACCAGCAACAAAGACAACAUCAACUGUCAUCACGAAGACCGUCUCCUAGACAUCGACAAACCAACAGCUUUGACCUCGACACACAAAUUUGUUAUUUGAACUAGAAACAUGUGAAAUCAUGUACA